AUGUUUUUUGUUUUAAUUUUGAUGGCUCUAACCAAUGGAAUAUCAGUUCUUUCAUUUAAUCAACCAAAACUUUGUCCAACAGCACAGUGGAAUUCGAAGGGAAGUACUUUAUUUUUUAUGAGCGAUAUGUUCACCAAGUAUCCCAUUCUGUUUAUUGAUUCAAACAAUACAAUUUAUAGUGUUUCUGAGAAAGAACAUGAAAUUCUAAUUUCUUUUAAAGAUCGUAUUCAUUCAACGUCGAUUAGGUACUCAUUUAUGUCAGUAUUAUCUGCGAUAUUCGUGACCAUGAAUGGUGAUAUUUACACGAGUUAUCAAAAUACAAUUAUUAGUAAAUGGAUAGCAAGUACGAAGAAAUUUGUUACUGUAAUGAAUGCUGAAUCAGUAUGUUCUGAUCUUUUUGUCGACCUCAAUAACGAUUUAUAUUGUUCAAUGACUGAAGAGAAUAAAAUUGUGAAAAGAGUAUUGAACAAGAAUAACGAAGUAGAUCUAACAAUUGUAGCUGGUUCAAACACUGCAGGUUCUGCUUCACAUCAAUUGCUACUACCCCGAGGAAUUUUUGUGGAUACAAACUUGGAUUUAUAUGUGGCAGAUUGUUACAAUCAUCGAAUUCAAUUAUUUAAUUUGAACGAAAAACAUGGAAAAACAGUAGCAGGACAAAGUUCAACAGAUAUCACAAUUUCGCUCUAUCAUCCCUGUUCAGUGAUAGUCGAUUCCGACAAAUAUCUUUUUAUUUCGUUCUAUCUCAGACAUCAUAUAGUGGGAUCUGGACCAAAUGGCUUUCGUUGCAUAAGUGGAUGUGAUGGGGAAGGAAUACAAAGCAGCGCGGCCAAAAUCCCAAGUAAAUUGAGCUUUGAUAUCAGUGGAAACUUAUUUUUUCGUGACGGAACCGACCGACUUAUGAAGUUUACUUUAGAAAAGAACUCUUGUGAAUAUCUACCAUCAACGAUACAAGCAAUGUAUUCAUCAAUCUUAACAAACAAUCAAAGAUUUUCACGUACUUUAUUCGAUCAUCCAUUUUAUUAUUAUGAAACGAUAGAAAUAACUGUCAGCAAGAACGAUCUUUAUAUUAUCAUUGGUAAUAGUAGUAUUGAUCUGUAUGGUCACGUAUAUAAAGAUCAUUUCGAACGAUUUAAUCCUGCAGGAAAUCUCAUUGCUUGGUACGGUAAAUGUUGUAAUAAAGAUCAAUUUAAAUUCACACUUGAUCUUAAAAUCAACACUAAAUACAUAUUGGUUGUGACAACAUAUAAUCCAAAUGUAACAGGUCCAUUCACAAUCACUAUAUUCGGUUUGAAUACCAUUCGUCUUCAACACAUGAAUGUUGAAGUAGUCGUUGAAUCAAUUUACUCAUCCGCAUUGACACAAGCUCAUCCAAAAUACGAUUAUCGUUCUUGUGAAGACGCUAGCGAAUCCUUCUAUGAAGCAGUACAAGUGGAAGUGAAUGAAAGUGGUUUUUAUACAAUUCUUAGCAGCAGCAGCAGCAGCAAUAUGCAUCUAUCCAAUUAUGUGUAUGAACACAAUUUUAAUCCUCGUAUGGAAUUUGGAAACUUACUCACGAACAGGAAUAAUGGUUGCAAUGGUAAUCCAUCGAAAAUUACCAUUAAACUUAUGACUGGUAUUCGAUAUAUAUUGGUUGUGACAACAUGUAUUGAAUAUCAAACAGGGAAGUUUUCUAUCAAAAUACUUGGUAAAAGCAAUGCUAGUUUUCAACGUGUCGAUGCUUCGCCGAUUACUAAUUCCAGCUACAGUUCAAAUUUAACAAAUGCUAAUCAAAAAUUUCCUAGAUUUUGUGGGUCCUCAGGGUAUUAUUACUAUGAAACUGUGCGAUUAACUGUACUUACAAAUGGAGUUUAUACUUUUUUAAAUGAUCCACAGCUGUUUGUGUCAACAUAUAUAUACGAAAGUCAUUUCGAUCCAUUGAAUCCACGUAGAAAUUUGAUGCCAUUUUAUCGUCAUAUAUGUGAUUCUAAAGCAGGAUUAACAGUUAAGCUUCGGGCCGGCACCACAUACAUAAUAGUUGUGACACCUAUAAUGCCACUGUACGAAGUGGAAUUUCAAGUCUUAGCCUAUGGUCCGACGAAUGUUAUUUUUGAACGUUUUGUUGAUAAUUCUACUUAUUGUUAUAUUGGUGGUCCAUGUGAUGCUCAAGUUAAGAGUAUUGGUUUAACUCUUGAUGAUAUUUUACGUGAUCAAAUAAAUCGAAAUAUGACAAUAAAUCAUCAACCAUUUCUUAUCAAAAUAAGUGUUGCUAUAACAACUCUCAUACUUAUUGCAGGCAUCAUUAGUAGUGCUUGUUCUCUUUUAACUUUUCAAAAUAGAAGUUUGAGACAAACUGGAUGUGGAUUAUAUCUUUUGGCAUCGUCGAUCACUUCUCUUCUAACAACUAUAAUGUUUACAAUCAAAUUUUGGUUUGUUCUUCUUACACAAAUGAGCAUAUCUGUACAUCUAUCGAUUCUUCAAGGUGGUUGUAAAUCGAUCGAAACACUUCUGAAACUUUUCUUUUAUUGGGAUGCUUGGUUGAAUGCAUGUAUUGCUGUUGAACGUGCAAUUACUGUUUAUCAUGGAGUGAAUUUUAAUAAAGCUAAAAGUAAACGUUAUGCUCGAUGGAUUAUAUUUAUCUUACCGUUUUGUAUCAUGGCUACAAUCAUUCAUGAACCUUUAUAUCGUCAAAUUUUCACUUAUGACAUGAGGAAUGUAAUGCUAAUCGAGUCGAUGACGGAUGAUAUAGCAGAAACCAUAGAAGAUCGAAACACUUGGUGUACCACUUCUUAUUCUCAAUCGAUCCAAGAUUAUAAUACAGGUAGCCUCUUUGUUCAUCUUCUUGGUCCGUUCAUUACUAACUUUCUCUCUGCUCUAUUCAUCAUUACUCGAAGUGCUCGACGACGAGUCGAAGUUCAGAAACAACAAACAUAUAAAGCACAUAUUCGUGAACAAUGGCAAGAACAUAAACAACUUGUCAUUAGUCCAACAAUUCUUCUUUUUCUAUCAACUCCACGUUUAGUUAUUUCAUUAUUAUCUGGAUGUAUCCAAUUAUCUGAUCAUGUAUGGUUAUACCUUUCUGCUUAUUUUAUUUCAUUUUUACCAUCAAUACUUAUCUUCAUUGUAUAUGUUAUUCCAUCAACUUUAUAUCGAAACACUUUCAAAAAUUCAAGGUUAAAAAUCUGUCAAAGACCACGAUCAUAA